AUGGAUCAGAAACUACAUAUUAGUAGAGCACAAGCGAAAAAACGUACAAAUGAUAAGAAAGAAAAAGAAGUAGAAUCGACACUCAAUUGGCAACAAGUCACUGAUAAAAUUAAUUACUGGAGAGCUGUUCUUCAUCGAGUUGUUGAAGUAAUUAAAUUUAUCGGUACAAAAGGUUUAUCAUUCAGGGAUGAUAAUGAACAACUUAACAAAAUUWGCAAUGGAAAUUUUUUGGGAACACUAAAGUUACUUGCUAAAUUUGACCCUUUUAUUGCUCAAUAUAUAGAAAAGUAUGGGAACAGAGGAAAAAGAACUCCGUCUUAUUUGUCAUCCACAUUCUAUGAAGAACUUUUACUUUUGAUGAAGAUUGAUAUAAUUAAAAUUAUAAUAAAAKAAUUAAAAACAGCUAAGUAUUAUUCUUUAAUCAUUGAUUCUACACCUGAUAUAGCAAACGUCGAUCAACUUGUUAUUGCAUUAAGAUAUGUUUUACCUAGUGGUGUACCUGCAGAAAGAUUUUUAAUAUUCAUUCCAAACAGUGGUCAUAAAUCUGAAUAA